AUGCAUCCCUCGCCAAAGCAUAGUGUUCGCGACCCGUCGGUCACUUUUGAAGAGUACGUGUACUGGGCGAAGCUUACUCGCACCGAGGAAUCAACGGUAAACCAGGCAUAUCUCGAGGCAGGCAAAAACGGGAAAAUCAGCGACCGUUUGGCAGUACAGCGAUUGAGCGAGAAGCAUGAUUUGCCUUCUAAACAGCCUGUCCAGGUCAAGGGUCAAGCCGUGGCUGUUCCCGAUGAUAGGGACACGGCUAUGAUGAGCCGAGCGACGCAGCAGGACUGGGCCCAGGCUGAGCGAGCACUGCGGACAACGAGCUGGGGAGCUGUCUUUUUCCUCAUCACGACGGAUAUUCUAGGCCCCAUGACCACACCGUGGGCUUUUGCGCAGACAGGCUACGGCCCCGGCGUCGCCCUCUACACCGUCUUCGGAGCCCUCGCAGCUUAUUCUGGCUACAUAAUAUGGAAGUCAUAUCUAGGUCUGGACUCGGACAAGUAUCCGCUGCUCACUUUUGGCGACAUCUUCUAUCGGCUGUUUGGCGCGCUGCCGCGACAUUUUAUCAAUUUUAUGCUGAGCUUCCAGAUGAUGCUCUUUGUCGCGACCUUGAUCCUCCAGAGCGGGCAGGGCAUCUCGCAGAUCUCGCAGGGGCGCGAUGCGAUUCAUGGUGAUGGGCUGUGUUUUGUCGCCUGUAUGCUCAUCUACAUGGUCGCGGGCCUGCUUGUGAGCCAAGUCAAGACGCUGCAGCGCGUGGCGUGGCUUGCCAAUUUUGCCGUUUGGGUGAAUAUGACGAUUCUCUUGAUAUGCAUUGGGGUCGUAGUCCAUUAUCCGCCAAACUUCAAAGCCACGCAAGCUUCGUAUGGCAAGGACUUUGGGCCCGGGCCGAUUCGCACAUUUGCCGCACAGCCUCCCGAGGGACUGGCAAGCGGAGGCUCGGGAUUCGUGGCGUCGCUCAACGGCCUCAACCAGGCCGUGUAUUCAUACGGUGGCUGCAUGGCUUUUGUGGCGUUCAUGGCCGAGAUGCGCCACCCGAUGGAUUUCUGGAAAGCGCUCCUCUGCGGGCAGGCCUUUAUCUACAUUAUCUACAUCUUCUUUGGCAUGUUUGUGUACUCAUUUCAGGGUCAAUUUGCCUUUAAUCCCGUCAUGCAAGGCCUGUCGCCUUAUGCUUUCCAGACGGCGACAAAUGUGCUCUUCCUAGUUAGUGGCAUCAUUGCCGCCACGCUAUACAGCAACAUUGGCUUCAAAGUUAUCUACAUGGACAUCUUUCAGGACAUUUUCAACUUCCCGCCGCUGACCGAGAGGAAGGGCAAGAUUGCCUGGGCGAUGUGUAUACCUCUAUUCUGGAUUUUUGCGUUUUUGGUGGCCGCAGCCGUGCCGCAGCUCUCAUUUGUGUCGGGCUUCAUCGGUGCCCUUUUUAUUCUCACACUCACCUACACCGCACCUGCGGUACUCGCUCUCGGAUUCCAACUCAAGAGCGAUGCCAUGAUUCAGGGCGAGGAGCAUUUCGACCCAGGAACGCGGACUUACUCGUAUGUCGACACGGGGAUGCAGCGGUAUUGGCGUGCAUACAAGAAGCGGCCAGUGCUCAACACUUUCAAUGUUCUGUACACGGCGGGAGGCUUGGUUACAACGGCUCUCGGCGUCUACUCUUCCGUAGAAGGCUUGAUUGGCGCGUUUGGGGGCAAGAGUGUUGCUACCAGUUUUGGCUGCAGGCCACCUGUGUAA